GGCCAGUUACAUUGGUGACUUGUCAUGGCAACCUUGAACGUCUUCCCAAAGCGACCGCCGCACCCCACAGCCGCUCAAUCGGAAACAGCCAUCGAAGCUUGCCUCGUAAUCCAGAGGCGCGGCGUCGAGAACGGCAAGCAACCCUUUGCCGCCGUGCUCGUGGCAUCAGACAACGAAACAAUCCUUCUCUCCCACAGCAACAUCGACCACGUCAACCACGCGGAGUCUUGCUUAGCCCGUCUUGCAGCGCGUCAUUACAGUCAAGCGUUCUUGUGGCAAUGUACUCUAUACACUACUUGGGAACCGUGUGCCAUGUGCACAGCAACUUGCUACUGGGCCAAUAUCGGACGUAUCAUGUAUGCUGCUUCUGAGGAGCAGCUUAUGCAGCUCACGGAUCGAGGCAACGAGGAGAACAUGACACUGGCACUGCCGUGCCGGAAAGUUAUUGAAUGCGGUCAGAAGGAUGUAGAGAUUCUUGGUCCGCUUACCGGCCUCGAUCAGAAAGUCAUUCGUGAGAGCGCUGAAUAUUGGCGGAAGCAGACGUAAAUAUGGGCAAACAUCCAGACCUGGUCCAUACAAUACCUGCCAAUUACCGGUUGCAUGGGCUCACGAGACACUGUGUCCAAACGUCGCGCCAUCCCAGCGUGCACCGCUAGGAACAAAUCGUAGAGUGGUCUGGUGAGCUUAGGUGUUGUGCUACUCCCCUUGAGCGCAUAGCACUAGUCCCCCGCCGUUGUCGGUCCGCACGUUAGACUGUCUAGAG